UUUACUCUCUCAAUAUUCUAAUAGCAGCAUUCAAAUAUGUGAGCAGUAGUUGUUGAAAUGCCAUGAAUUUCAGUUUAUCCUUCAUUCUAACUUCUUUUGCCUCACGUUACUAAAGGUAAAACAAGUUUAGAAAUUCAUUAAGUAUGAUAUACUUAAUCAUGAAUAACAUAAUGCAUGUUUUAUAUAAAUAACAUUCAGAAACUUUAUACUGAUACAAAAAAACAUUAGAAAUGACAUUUAUUGAUUAUGAUUUUAUUUGACAUGCACAACACGGAGCGAUGGGACAGAUGCACAUAGUGGCUCGAUGUUUAGGAAAGGAUUAACAGGGAUUAAUCUGCCUGCAGAUACUCAGUCAAAUCAUCCCAUGGUGAUCUGAUUGGUCCAUCAUGUGGGCGUGGGCGUUACUCCCUGUCAUUCUGGCAGUGUUUGGAACAAUUGGGCUUUGGGUUGUGUAUGCCAUUGCAGUGUCCAAUAACACUGUUAAUAUAACUGCAGAAUUCCCUUACAUCAGCACAUGUGGCUCAUACAACCCCCAGAGCUGCCUGUUUUCUCAGAUCUGCAAUAUUUGCUGUGUGUUGGCUCUAUGGAUUGUCACUAUCAGAUUUCAACAGAUCCGGGACUUGAGUUGUGCGUCUCAUUUAAAUACAGCAGGUCUGGUGCUUGGCUUCAUCUCUAGCAUUGGCAUUUCCAUUCUAGGAAACUUCCAGCAAUCUGUAGUGAAGGUGGUUCAUCUGCUUGGGGCGCUCCUGGCCUUCUUCCUGGGGUUGGCUUACUUCUGGGUCCAGACGUGGCUUUCAUACUACAGCCCGCCGUCACAUGACCGCUGGUGGGUGGUGCCUGUGCGUGUCAUCCUCUGCAGCCUGUGUACUUGUCUUGUCAUCUGCAUGUUUGCUCUCUAUAGCGCAGGGUUUCCCUCUGAAGCUGCCAUGUGUGAGUGGGCUCUGGUCAUGUGCUUCUUUGCGCUGUUUGGGAUUUUUGCAGCAGAGUUCAGACACAUUGACUUUCACAAGCUCACUGUACAGGAGAAGGGGAUGAAAACCGCCAGUGGUGCUAAUGGUGUGUGGACAUUACAGGAGAUUCACUGAGGGAGAGCUGGCAAGCUGUGGUAAUGGGGAACAAACUCACCAUAUCAUAUGGACACAACAUUGGACUAAAACCUGCACAACUUUGCUCAGUGCACAAUUACACACAUAAUAUAAAACACACAUUUUACAGUAUAAAUGAUUUUGUAGAAAUGAUUCAUGAGUGAAUUCAUGAGCAACAUUGUUUACAUAUGUAUAUACCUUAAAAUGAUUAUAGUGUAUAAUGUAAAAGGAUGGUAUCAAUGUAAUAUUCCACUUGUUAAUGUUAUGGCAGUACAACAAAACUGUUUAUUUAUAUUCAAUAACAGCUUUCUUUGAUAAUGGUCAGAUAAAAUUAAAUUAUUUAUAACAGAAUAUAUUUAAUAAUAUCAUUAUGCAAAUAAAGUCAUUAAGGCUACAAUAAAGACCAAA